CCACUAUUAUUGGAAUCAAAUCGAACGGUCAACACCAUCGGCGUUCCAUCAAACGGCCGCUGUUCGCUGCAUAUUUUAUCAUAUACUAAUAAAUAAUAAUUUUCUUUCAAAAAAAUAAAAAAAUUAUAUAUUAUAUAUUAUUCCUUUUUCAAUUUUGUUUGCGCAUUUGAUUGAUUUUCCCAGUAAUAAACCUGGCCUUCACGAGAGACGUGGUGGCCAAAGAUCAAGUUUGCAGAAGAAUCCAUGGCGGUUUUCCCACAUCUAACCAAUCCUUUCCAUAUAUAAAAAUCAUUUAAUAUUUAGGAAAUCAUUAGGUUUGUAGAACCAACAUGGGAUCCGAACUCAAGGAUCUUAAUUCUAAACCCGCCAAGACCCAACAGCCUGACCCCAACGACGACGAUGCCUCCGCCAAAGACCACCGCCCCCUCCUUGAAUCCACCGCAUCAUCCGCCGCAGAAGAUAUCCAGGAGCUCGAGAAGAAAUUCGCCGCCUUUGUCCGCAAUGACGUGUACGGUUCCCUGGGAUGCGGAAAGCUCCCAUUGAAAGAGAAACUCCUGCUGGGCAUCGCCCUCGUCACGCUUCUCCCUCUACGUCUCCUUUUGGUAAUGUCUAUUUUGGUCCUGUAUUACUUGAUUUGUAAAAUUUUUACGCUAUGCUCGGCCCCGAAUCUGGAGGAAGAUCAGGAAGAUUACGCACACUUGGGUGGAUGUAGGCGAGCUGUGAUUCUCCAGUCGGGCCGGUAUCUCUCUAGGUUGCUGCUUUUUAUGGUAGGAUUUUAUUGGAUUAACGAGACUCAUAAGGAUUCAGCAAAUACACAAGACAACUCAAAAACUGAGAGUACCAAACAAUCAGAAGAGCGAGUAAGGCCUGGGGCAAUCGUAUCUAAUCACUUGUCAUAUUUAGAUGUCUUAUAUCACAUGUCCUCUUCCUUCCCAAGUUUUGUUGCCAAGAAAUCAGUGAGUAAACUUCCCUUGGUUGGUCUCAUCGGCAAAUGUCUUGGUUGUGUCUUUGUUCAGCGAGAGUCAAAAUCAUCAGACUUCAAGGGUGUUGCAGGCAUCGUGACUGACAGAGUUCGUAAUGCACAUCAAAAUGAAUUGGCUCCAAUGAUACUGCUCUUUCCAGAAGGAACAACAACAAACGGGGAUUUCCUCCUCCCAUUCAAGACUGGUGCUUUUUUGGCCGGAGCACCUGUAAUGCCUGUUAUUUUAAGGUAUUCAUACCGAAGAUUUAGUCCAGCUUGGGAGUCAAUAUCUGGGGUGCGUCAUGUGGUUUUUCUUCUGUGUCAAUUUGUAAAUAACCUAGAGGUAACACGGUUACCUAUCUACCACCCAUCGCAGCAAGAGAAGGAUAAUCCGAAACUAUAUGCUAAUAAUGUCCGAAAAUUGAUGGCUGCUGAGGGAGAUUUGAUAGUUUCGGAUAUCGGGUUGGCUGAGAAGCGGAUAUAUCUUGCUGCUCUGAAUGGUAAUAAUAGACUGCCUAAUGUUUUGCAUCAGAAAAACGAUUGAUAAUUUCUUGGCCUUGCUCCCACAUGUUAUCUAUUCACAGUCUACUUGGUCAAAGCUAAUUUGGAUUCUCCAUCUGUACAGUCAAUUUUUUUAUUCUAUUUAUUUUUUAUAUAUUAAAAAAAAAAAAACAAAUUCAGGUUAAGCGUAUAAAAAGACAAAUUUUUAUUUUAUUAUCAUCGGUUGGGAAUGGAGUGGUACGCAAUUGCCCCUGAAAUGCUAAUUCCAUUUUUAGUAGUAUUAAUGUAAUUUUCAGGAUUUAAAAAAAUCUUUAAUUUUUCCUCAUUUAAAUUUAUUAAGCUUUCAUCAUUACAAUAAA